CGAGACGUACUGUCAGAGACAGAAGAGGAAAGAGACACCCCACUCCCUGUAUUUUUCUGGUUCAAUUAAUGUCAAUGAACUAAGUAGACCCGACCAGGCCCAGCUGCAAUUGCAUUGGAGUCUGAGAGACGCACCCAGUUAAGUAGACCGGAACUGAUUAUUUGUUUCAAUGGUAAACGGCUUGUGUGAACUAUCUUCAUUUAUCCACCAUCUUUGUUACUGUCUGCUGCUCUUCCAUCGGAAAAGAUGGCUGCCUCGGCAGCAUCGGCGGGUUCUACCCCCGGUUUUUGCCCAAGCUACGCCGUGAUAUGCUCUUUUCUAGAGCGGUAUGGAACCUUGCUUGAUUUACCGGAGCUUACAUUUCCACAGUUGGAGCGAUAUCUCCAAGACACAAUCUCAGUUCCAAAGAUCUUGGUGGACCUUCACGUGAAGUUGUUGAGGAAGAUUGGCAAGUCAGUGUCCGCAGACAGAUGGGAGAAGUACCUUGUGAAGGUGUGCCAUGAGUUCAACAGUACUUGGGCAUGGGAGCUUGAAAAUAAAGGAUACAAGGACAUGUCUGUGGAGUGCAAGACUGGAAUCCUCAAACAUUUGUGUGAAUGCCAGUUUGAUGACAAUGUAAAGUUCAAGACAGCAAUCAAUGAGGAGGAUCCCGAUAAGAUGCGGCUUCUCCCCAUUGGCAAGGACAAAGAUGGCCUGAUGUACUGGUUCCAACUUGACCAGGACAAGAAUGUGAGGGUCUAUGUGGAGGAGCAGGACGACCUGGACGGGUCUUCCUGGAACUGCAUUGUCAGAGACAGAAACAGCUUGGCUGAGAUCCUGGCACUGCUAAAGACUCAAAUCGACCCAGCACUGUUGACAAAGAAAGAAGGAGAGGAGGAAGAAAAAAAUAAUACUGGGGGAGAAGUUAAAAAGACAGAGGAUACCUCAGAGGAUGAAGAGGACAAACCCUCCAAGGGUACAGCUUCCUUAGUCUCCCCAAAAACCGAGAUUACAGAAAAAGAGGAAUCAAAACUAGACGAAUCAGAUGCCAAAUCCUCAUUGAAUGGCCUCAAAGACGAGUCAGAGUCAAAAAGACAGUCAGAGGAGCCUAUGGUGGAUGACAAGGUCACCAUAAACACCCAGGCCAUCAAAGAAGAGCCAAUGGAGGUGUCAGAAUCCAAGGAGAGCACAGCCACAAAUGCUACAGAGCCUCUUGCAGAGAAACCUUGUCUGACGCCACAGACAGAUGAAGCCAAGAGGAAGACUGCAAAUGAACUCCAAAGGGCGAUGAAGAAUGACCAGCAGGCCAAAAUCCCAUUGAAAAAGAGAGAGAUGAAACUUUGUGAAAAUGUUGAUAAUAAUAGUGGCGGUGGCAGUAGUAUCUAUGUGCGAAACCCAUCUGUUACUCCUGUCAAAGAAUCUCCUGAAGUUGAGGAGACAAGUAAAGAGGUCUCUGAUGCCCCGGUGGGGAUGUGUAAAAGUGAUCAAAUGAAUGGUGAUGCUUGGCCUACAACAGAAAAAAGUGUCAAUAAUGGUUUGAGAGACUCUGCUGAUGGCAAAAAACGGCAAACAAAAGCUGCUGCUGGGGAAGAACGUAAAGCAGCAGAAGCUAGUGCAAAGGAGAAAGUAAACCUGGCCAAAGAGAAAGAGGAGAUGGCAAGCAACACUGAGGUGGCCAUGGCCAAUGAAACAAGUCUACAGAAAAUGGUUCCAGCAGAAAAGGAAAGCACUGAAGAUUCAGAGGAAGUAAAAAAAUCAGCCUUAAAAGACGCUAAAUCUCUGUCCCCUCUAAUGACAAAGCCAUUGACUUCAUCUAAGGAUGCAACAAGCCCACCGGAGAAGCACGCUGAUUGUAAAGAGGAACAAAAAGUGAAGGUAUCCAAGUGGGAUGUAAAAGUGUGUCGUACAGAACACACAACCUAUACAUCAAUAGAAACUGAUAAAAACCCUUUGUCUAGUAAGUUACAGAAACCAGAUGAAACUAACGGAACAGAUUCAUCCAUUACCUCUCAAGAGGUCAAGUCAGCUGUCUCUAAGGAAACAGAUAAAACAGUUGUCAAUAAGGACGGUUAUCCCCUUUCUGUCGUGAAAGAUAUGGAAAAACCACCCAGCACAAAAGGUACAGAAAAGUGGUCAAACCCUAAAAACCCAGAAACCUCAGUCAUCACUAAACAAACCGGGAGACCUGACCCAAUUACAGAGAAACCAGACCGCUCUAAAUGCAUAAAGAUGCCAACAGUCAUAAAAAAUACAGAGAAACCACCUGACAAAGAGGGUGUAGAGAAAUAUGAUGUUUCUAAAGAUAUCAAAACUUCUGUAAUUAAAAAGACAGAGAUUUCAGAAAAGAGUAAAGAUGCUGAGAACCUGGCCAUCUCUCAAGAGACCAAUAAGUCCUCAUUCCUUAAAAAGGCAGACAAACCAGUUUCCAAUAAAGAAGCAGAGAAACUGGAGAGCACUAAAGAGACUGAUAAAUCGUUGGUCAUUAAAAUGACAGUGAAACCAGGGGCAUCUAAACAUACAGAGAAAUGUGAUAACCCUAAAGACAUUAAAAUGUCAGCUGUCACCAAGGAGAAACCUGCUGUAGGCACAGAUGCAAAGGCUGCCGCUGAGGUGAAGAAAAAAGCUGUCCUGGAGAAAGACGUUUUCUCAGCGUCUAUCUGUAAAGAUGAAAUGAGAACUGUUGCUAAAGCGACUAAGACACAAUCUGGACCAAAAUACGUGGAGAUGGCAGACGUCUCUGAGAAAACAACCCAAUCACAACUGGAUGAACCCAUAAAGGUAGAGAAAUCGGCUACCCCUAAAGAUGCAGAGAAAUGUGCUACCCCUAAAGACACAGAGAAAUCUACUAAAUUGGUUACCCCUAAGGAAGGUGGGAAAUUGGCUACCCCAAAAGACACAGAGAAAUCAGCAAUACCUAAAGACACAGUGAAAUAUGCUCAAUCGGCAGCGCCUAAAGACGCAGAGAAAUUGGCUAACCCUAAAGAUGCUGAGAAGUCUGCUAAAUCAGCUACACCUACCCCUAAAGAUGCUGAGAAAUCGGCUAAAUCAGCUACACCUACCCCUAAAGAUGCUGAGAAGUCUGCUAAAUCAGCUACACCUACCCCUAAAGAUGCUGAGAAGUCUGCUAAAUCAGCUACACCUACCCCUAAAGAUGCUGAGAAAUCGGCUAAAAACACAGAGACUACCUCUAAAAAGAUAGAACAAUCUUUUAGGGGACAGAAACCAGAAACUGAGAAACUGGCAGACACAAAGACAGUUGCAGAAAAAGGAGAGAAACUUGCCACCUUUCAGGACGCCAAGCAAUUACCCUCUCUCAAAAAGUCUGUCCCAGUGGAGGGGAAACAGGAGGAGCCUAUGGAAAUGCGUUCGGAAAAGUCAACACACGACAACAUAAAGAUCAAGGGACAUGCUGAAAAAGGCUGGCCAAAAAAGGCUGUUAAAAGUGGAGUGAAGUCUGAGACCAAGCCUAUCAAAGACCCAAAGCCCAUGGACUGUGAUACACCAUCAGAAAAACAGGCUGUUAGUAAGAAGGCAUCAUCUCUCACAGAGACUGAGGGUGAGACGGACAAAAGCCAGGACAAAGUCAUCAAGGAAGAUUCCACAACACAGGGAUGCCCCCAAAAAGAGGAUGGGAGUAAGGAUGAUCAGGCUAAGAAAAAUGACAAAAAGGAGGAUGAUGGAACUGAGAAAGAUGUCAAAAAUUCAACGGUAGCAGAGAAAUCGGGUCAGGCAAAAGCAAGUGAGGGGUCUGAGGAAGAUGAGAACAAGAACAAAGAGGAUGAGGACAAGAGUGAAAAAAAGGAUGCGGGAACAACAUCAGAGAUCCAAGAGGAGGGGAUUCGCCUGAAAAUACGCGGGAUUACCCACCGGAGGAGAGCUGAGCUCCAGAGGAAGGAGAGGGACUCUGGGUCAGAUACUGGUGAGACUGGGAGAUCCCUGAGGAGGUCACCCAGGAUCUGCAGGCCGACCGCUAAGGGGGUGGAGUUCCAGGACAGGAGGAUGGAGAAGAAAGAGGCCACACCCCCUGUAGAGAAGGGUGAUGAGGAGGAGAAAACUGUUCAGAGGAAACCGAGAGAGAAGGUUGAUCAAGAUGGACUGUACAAAUCUAAGGGGCGACGGAGGAGAAAGACCCGGUGGUCCAACACUCGAACACAAAGGCGCAAAAAUAAUGGUUCUGGUGAAGACGAUGAAAGCGAGUCGAGCGAAGAGGAGAGCGAGGAGGACAACAGUGAUGAGAGCUUUAAGGUGGAGAGGGGCAAGAGGAGGAAGAGGAACAGGGAGAGGCACAGCGACGACUCUGACACCUCCUCGGAUGAUGACCUCCCUCCUAACGAUGACCCCUGCAAACACUGCGGCCUCCCCAACCAUCCUGAGCUGAUUUUGCUGUGUGACUCGUGCGAUAGCGGCUACCACACGGCCUGCCUCAGACCCCCUCUCAUGAUCAUCCCAGACGGGGAGUGGUUCUGUCCACCCUGCCAACAUAAGCUGCUCUGUGACAAGCUUGAGGAGCAGCUUACUGAUCUCGAUGCUUCCCUGAAAAAGAGGGAGCGCGCUGAGCGACGAAAAGAGCGGUUGGUCUAUGUUGGAAUCAGUGUUGAAAACAUCAUCACUCCCUCGUUGGCGAUAGAGGAAGAAAGGGAGGAAGAGGUGGUGAAAAAGGAGAAGAAAGAGCGAACCAAGAGCUGGGGUCGAAGGUCGACAAGGGCAAAGAAAAGCAUAAGCUACAGGUUUGAUGAAUUUGAUGAGGCUAUUGAGGAGGCAAUUGAAGAAGACAUCAGAGAGGCUGAUGGUGGAGGAGCUGGUCGAGGCAAGGACAUGGCCAACAUCACAGGCCAUAGCAGAGGGAAGGACAUGUCCACUAUCCUGGCAGCAGGAGAGGGUGGCGAGGGCAAGGAGAAUGGGUGCCCGCCGCGGCCCAACGCCGGCCAGCGCAGGAAGAAGCGCCGGCGUCUCAACGACCUGGACAGCGACAGCACUAUGGAGGAGGAAGAGAGCGAGGACGAGUUCCGUCUCAGUGACAGUACGGAGGAAGAGGAGUUUGUGGCGUCAGACAAGAGCAAUGCAGAGAGCGAAGUGGCAGUCGACUCCAAUGACGACAGCGACUUCGGCAGCACACAACGCAGAACUGCCAGGACAAGGAGGCCGGCCAAACGUCAGAGGAGCACUCAGCCGCGACGGCGCCGCAGACCACGAAGGUACUCAGACGAUGAAGAGGAGACUAGUGAGGAAGAAGAGGAAGAAAUGGUGUCGGAGGGCUCCAGCGAGUUCAGCGAUAGUGACCUGGACUGUAGCCGACGCCGAUCCCGCCGGAGUCAGACGACGAAGCAGGUCAACUACUGCGAGUCGUCCGGAGACUCUGACGGCUCUAAGGCCAACACAAACCGCGACAAAGUCAAACCGUGGCGGCGCCUCGCCAGUUCUGACAGCGAAGCGAGCUCCUCCAGAGGCUCGGACGACAGCGAGAGGGAGAGGACUAGGUUAAAGAGGAGGGCCGACUCAUCCGAGAAAGAGUCCCAGCAGCACCGCAGACGACUUUCACUGAAACGGCGGCGAGCCUCUGAGGAGGACGAUGACGACCACGAUUCCGAUGAAUCAUCGGAGGGAGAACGUCCUGUCCGCAAGCGUGUGAACCGCAUCGACUCGGACGACUCUGACAAGGAGGAGAAGGAGACGAAAGAAACCAGGGAAGAGGAGGAAGGGGGGGUGCUGGGGAAGGGAGCCAGCCCGUUGGACUACAGCCUGGUGGAGCUGCAUCCCCCCACCAACGGACAGAGUCCCAUCAAGGCCCUAGAGGGCCUGGCUCACAUUGGGCCCCAAAAACCUGUGGCCACAGCUGUCGCCAUAGCGCCCAAUGGACUGGAGUUGGCACCACAGGAUGAUGAUGAGGAUGACCUGCUGGGGGUCACAGACCUGGUGGACUUUGUCUGCAACAGUGAUAUGUUGUAAAACUCAAGUUGUACGUUUGUUCUUUUCUGUAGUAUUUUGUUAAUGUUUUUGUCCUGUCCUUAUUAUAAAAAGGUUUUAUUCAUCCUCCUUGACCCCUUGUGAAGACAAGUUCAUUGUCUUCACACCUUUCGUAGUGUGAUUGUACAGUCAUUGAGAGCACUAACUCCGAAGGUUGUUAAGUGGCACGUUACUUUGCAUUGUCUUAUCCUCUGUACUCGGUCACCGAUGGACAUGUGGGUCAGAUACUUGACCGUAAAUGACACACAAAUCAACCUACCUGUUUCUCCAGCCAACUUCCAGGGUUGUCUACUCAGGGGUCCAUCCACUACCCCCACAUACAAAGAGUCCAUCUCCCAAAUUCUUGGUUGUGUUCAUUAGGCCCCAAACGACAGAAAACAGACAAACCGUGAGGGACUGCCUUGCCUUGUCCAUUUUUAAGAAAUGCAAAUUUUCCAUUGUGUGACCUAAUGAACAUGACCCAUGACUUCCUGUUCUCCUGAGAGGCACCUCUCAGUGUUCCUGCCUGGGAAAGAGGACAUUUUAUUGUAUGACAUUCAUUAAUUGUUUGUUGGUAGGAUGUAGAUGUGUAUUGUUGUUCAACAUAUUUAUGAGAAUAGAUGUCAGAGGUCAAACUGCAUUCCAUUUACGACUUAAAUUAACCUAGUUUUGUGGAUCAACUGCUGGAAACCAAUCGUUGUUUUUAUCCCCCUGCUCUUUACCCCAAACUUUAAAUAUCACUUUUUUGAUAUUUGAAUUCCACAUUUUAAUCCUCCUACAUCAAUCAAACUAUUUAUUCUUUGUUUUGAUGUGUUCAAUUCGUCAGUUGUUUGAUAAGCUAAACCAUUACACAGGUUUCCCACUUUCUUUUAUAGACCAUUUACAACAAGCACUGGAUGAAAAAGCAUGAGCAUAACAGUUUAAGUCAGCAUUCCCAUAGGAAAACGGGACACAGAACCAUCAUCAUCAUGCUAGAAACAACUUUUUUUAACUGACAGACUGACAGACCAGACCCACAACCGAUCCCAUACUUUCUAGAAAAUACAAUCUCCAAAAGAGUGUUUUUCUCAUGGAUUUGGUUAAUUGUUUUUACCCAAAGUAUUGAAAUGUUGUACUGCAGCCUAUAUCCCGUUUUUAUUUUUAUCAAACGUUCCCAGCAAGUGGUAUUUUAACCGUUUUUAAUUAUUGUUACAAAACACUAUCAAGGCAGCUAGCUCCUCAGUGCAUCACGCCAAAUUACAGGUGUCAUUUAAUCAACAUUAAAAUCUGUUAACUACCACCACAUUGACAAGACUUUCCUUUAAAUGGAGGUUUGAGUGUAUUUAAUGUCACCAACUAGAGUAGACCAACCCUGAUCUUCUCACCUCUGUGUGCACAUGUUUCUAAAAACCGAGUUUAGUUUUUGUGUACGUAUAAAUAUAAUUUUAGUGUGUGCUGCCAACACUAUCAAUGGAUUAAAUGCCCAUGUUUUAGUCUUUUUUAUAUGCAAAUAUUCAAAGGGAUUUGUUAUGUACAGAAUUUGCCAACUUUCUCUGUUCCUCUCAAUAACCAUGUCAGCAUUUUAACCAUUAUUUUACGUACGUUGUGUUUUUAUAAUGUAUUUCUUUGUAUAUCAAAUCAUCCACUUAUUGUUUUCCUCCUUAGCAAACCAAGUGGCAUACUGUUUCCUAUGUACCUUCUUGUCGAUACUGUGUGUAGGUUCAAAACCUUGAAGUAAAGGUACUUACUGAGUAUACACCUAACUACCUGUCGUUGUUCAUCAAGACUAUUAUUUUGAAAUAUUAUUUUUUUAAUAAAAACAAAAUGUCCCCUGGUCUUUUCGGAACACUCUGCCACCUCCAGUGUUGAUUGUAGAGAACACUACCCCGCUCUAGUCUUCCCUCUACAUCUUACUGCAUCAACUGGAGACUAAAUGUCUCAGAUCUCAGAAAGCCUAUCCUUUGUCUGUUCUCAAAUAUGAGCUCAUUUUGGUUUUAGGGUUCCAUUUUGAGGUCAGGUUAAAUCACUGCCUUUCUGGGCCUAUGUUCAAAAAGUUUCUCAGAGUAGGACUGCUGUCCAUAUAUUAUUCAUAAUGAUCUAAAAGGCAACUGAUCCUAUAUCAGCACUCCUACUCUAAGACUGUGAAUACAGGCUUUGGCCUUGAAUCAAAAGAAGAUUCUGGAUAAACGGCAUGCUGGAUGGGAAAUGGUGCAGACCAUAAAUUGACCUCUAAUGUUAGUGUGUAUAUCUAGUUUUUGCUGUAAUGUAUAUUUAGAGGCAUUUUCUUUUAUCAUGGAAAUAAAUAUAUUUGGCAAUUAUUUGAUUGCAUCUGUU